AUGACCACGGCCACGUUCACUGGCGGCCCUACCGCCGCCGCAGCAGCAGCAGCUGCCGCUGCCUCGCCUCCUUCCGCCGCCGCUGCCGCCGCCGCUGCCGCUGCUGCAUGGCAGUGGCUGGCCGCCGCUGCGGGCGAUGUGUUGUGGUCGGGUCAUGCCAGGGAGGUGGCCCAGUUGGUGUGGGGCUUUGCGGCGGUGGGGAGGUUGGAGCCUCAGGUGUUUGGUAACCUGCUGACGGCAUUGGCGCACCCCCGUCGUGGCCCUGCACUGGUUUCGGGGCUUCGAGAGGAAGAGUGUACGACAGUGCUGUGGGCCGUUGCCACGGGAUUGGAAUGUCAUCGGGAUGGCGCCAUCCGCUCCGUGAGCCUCCACGCCUCCACAUCUUCCCCCCCGGUAGGCACCGGGUUCCCGGGGGCCGGUGGCGGCGGCGGCGGCGGCAUCGACACGGCGACUGGAACCUUGGAUGCCGUAGGUCCGACACCGACACUCACACCGGCGUUGUGUAUUGGUGUUGAUGUUGGUGUUGGUGAAUGCAAGGACGCAUUGCUAUCACCACCAUUAUCAUCACUAACACCAUUACCACCACCGCCGGCAUUCCCUACCCCAGUGCCGUACACUGCAGCGGUGGGGCCUCCUGGAGUGUUGUCCAAGGCAUUGGCUCAUCUGGGGCCCCGGGCGGCACAUCUGGCCAUGAACGGCAGGCUCACAGGUGGUCAGAUCAGCUCCAUGCUGAGGUCCCUGGUGGUGAUAAAAGAGGUAUCCGGUGUCGAGCUGGAUCCGGCCUGGAUCCAGGCCCUGGCCCUCAGAGCAGGACAUAAGGCCCCUUAUAUGGACGGCCAGGCGCUGGGGAACGUAGCCUGGGCACUCGGCAAGCUCAUGUGGGCAUGUGGCCGGUUGCAGUACGUGGACGAGCAGCUGCUGGAAGUCGCGCAGCUACCGCCGCGUGCUGACUCCCCGGGGUCCCCUCCUCCCCCCCCCAGCAGCUUCACUCGUUUGUGUCCGUCUCAAAUGGCAACACUGGUUUCGGCGCUGGGUCGUGUGGAGCACUACGACUCGGACCUGAUCGACGAGCUGUGUGGCCGGGUGGUGGAGGCGACGGGGGGCGGGCUGAGCAGCCUCACUCGGCGGGAGGUUGUCUCGGUGGUUUCGGCGCUGGGGCGACUGGAGCACGUGCACCCGGCCUUUCUCGCCCAGGUGGCGACCAGGGUGGCGGAUGAGGCGGCGUCGUACAAGCCGGCGGAGCUUGUCGUACUUUUGUACGGGCUUGCUUCGACGGGUACAGGCGGGAAGGGGCUUGAAAGGCUGCUUCGUGCCGUCGGGCGGGUGUUGCAACGGCGGAUUUCGGUUCUGGAUCCGGAAGCGGUUGUACGGCUGGCGGAGUCGUAUGCCGUACUGGACUCCCCCCACGAUGGCCUGUUCCAGGCGGUGGCAGUGGUGGCCCUGUGCCGGCCGCAGCGGUUCUCGCUCCGCCAGAUGGAACGAGUGGCCCUCGCCUUCAGCUACAGAGCAUGCGCUCGGUGGAAGGGAUUUUCCUAUGGCAUGUGA